AUGUCUUUUUACCACUUCAACCCACUCCAUACCCAGUCAUCCAACGGGCCAAAGGGCUUCAUCCCCUAUACGGACAACGGAGGGUUGGUGGUGGGAGUGGCGGGUGAGGACUACGCCGUCAUCGCCUCCGACACCCGCCUGGCCAACAGCUUCCACAUCCUCAGCAGACACCAGCAGAAGACCUUCAAGCUCAACGACAAAGCCGCUAUUGGACUCACAGGCUGCUUCGCCGACGCCACUUCACUUGUAAAAUUUGUCAAAACCAACAUGUUAAUAUACGAACAAGACCACCACAAGCCCAUGUCGAUAGCAGCACUCGCGCAAAUGCUGCAAGUCAUGCUGUAUUUCAAACGAUUCUUCCCGUACUACGUGUCUACGGUGUUGGUGGGGCUCGACGGUGAGGGAGAGGGAUGGGUGUACAACUACGACCCUGUCGGCAGCUAUGAGAGGUGCAAGUGCUACGCGGCCGGCUCCGGAGCCAGCCAACCCCUGCUCGAUAACCAGGUCCUGAAGACCAACAUGAAGGGAGCUUCAGAGGAGCCGAUGCCCAUGAAGACAGCUAUCUCACUCAUCAAAGACGUGUUCACCAGCGCGGCCGAGAGGCAAAUACACGUCGGUGACUGCGUCAAAAUUAUGAUCGUCACAAAGCAUGGAGUCACUCAAGAAAGCUUCGAAUUGAGAAAGGACUGA